AUACGCAGAUACGCCGCAGAGUGGCGUAGCAGUAGGUAGUAUAAGGGUAUAAGUUCUGUUCGGAGAGACUGCGCGGAUUGUGCUCUUCUUUCACCAACUACGCCGUCCGCGCGUCGCUUCAAACAUGGCCGGCUGUCGUCUGCUCCCACCCUCCUAUGUCUGCCGUCGUCUACUGCUCGGAGGCGUCCAAGCCGGCUCCAACUCCAGGUCCACCUCAGAUCCGGUCUCCAAGACCGGCCGGCGCGGUCUCAAGUCCAUGUACGGCGGCCGGUACCUGGUCACCAUGCUGCCGGGUCACGGCAUCGGACCCGAGAUGAUGUCGCACGUGGAGAGCGUCUUCACGCGGGCCAACGUUCCGGUGGACUUCGAGCGAGUUGAGGUCGACGACACGCCGGAGUCCCUCGAGAGCGCCCUGCUCUCGAUACGUCGCAACGGCGUUGCCCUCAAGGGCAACGUGGAGACGGAGAACCCGCUGAACGUGGAACCGCGCAACCUGGCGCUCCGCAACGGACUCCAGCUGGAUGUGAACGUGGUGCACUGCCGCAACCAUCCGGGCAUCCGCACCAGGCAUAAUGAUAUUGACAUUGUGGUCAUUCGGCAGAACACCGAAGGCGAGUACAGCCGACUGGAGCACGCCAGCGCCCCCGGUGUGGUCGAGAGCCUGAAGAUCAUCACGCGCCAGAAGUCCACCGAGAUCGCCCGUUAUGCCUUCAACUACGCGCGCACGCACAAGCGCAAGAAGGUGACCGUGGUGCACAAGGCGAACAUCAUGAAGCUGUCGGACGGCCUCUUCCUCAGGACGUGCCUGGACGUGGCGCGCGAAUACCCGGACAUCGCCGUCGAGGACAUGAUCAUUGACAACUGCGCCAUGCAACUGGUGCGGCGGCCGUCGCAGUUCGAUGUGAUGCUUGUCCCUAAUUUGUACGGCAACAUCCUGGUCAACAUGGCGUGCGGCCUGACGGGCGGACCCGGCAUCACUUCCGGCCGGAACUACGGCCGCGAGUUCGCGGUGUUCGAGACGGCCACCAGGAACACCGGAAGCUAUCUGGUGGGCAAGAACCUGGCCAACCCCGCCGCGAGCUUCUUCGCCGCGGUGGACAUGCUGAAGCAUCUGGGACUGCGAGACCACGCAUACCUCAUCAAGGACGCCGUGGAGAAGACGCUCAACGAGGACCGGAUCCACACCCAGGACCUGGGAGGUAUGGCGACAACGACGGAUGUGGUGGACAACGUGCUGCGCGAAGUGUCCCGCCACACGACCGUGCCGCUGGACAACAGGCCACACUUCGAAGAGUCGCAGCGCACGCACGCGUGACCUCGGAGAA